AUGCUCAGUCUUGCCACCAACGCAGUCACAGAACGCCUCAAAAUCGGGGGCAUCGCUGUGCGUCGCAGUCUGUCACCCAAGCUUUUGCUGAAAAUCGAGACCAACUUGGACACGGACGGCAACUGCUUAGCUUCGGAUACCAAGCACGAAGAAGCCUCGGGGCUGUGGGACGAUAAAAUCAUUGCCAGCGUAAGGAUUCCGACAGAAGAGGUCCAAUUCGGCCACCUCAUUGGCAGGGGAUCAUUCGGACAAGUCCACUCGGGAUCGUUCAGGGACGAGAAAGUGGCGGUGAAGAAGCUGUUGCCAGAAACGCAAGAAAAUGAGGAGUACGUCAAGAACUUCAUGGCGAAAGUGAAAAUCUCAGCCACGCUUAAUCACCCGCACAUUGUCCGGUUUGUCGGUGUUUCUUGGACCGGCGCAUCUGACGCGUGUGUGCUUCAGGAGUUCAUGGAAGGUGGCGAUCUGCGGUCGCUACUGGACAAGUACGAAGCUGAGAAACACUACGUCGGCUUCGACCGGGAAAAAGCAAAAAUUGCAAUGCAAAUUUGCAGUGCACUCGCCUACAUGCACUCGCAGUCACCCCCUGUGAUCCAUGGCCACCUCAAGUCGAGGAAUGUGUUGCUGAACAGCGAUAUGGAGGCCAAGGUGACCAACUUAGGCACUUCAUCCACAGAAACUAAGACGCUGUGGAUGGCUCCAGAGAUCAUUCGCGGUGAGAAGCAAAGCACCGACUCCGACAUGUUCUCGUUCGGUGUCCUCUUGUCUGAACUGGACAUGCUCUCGGCUCCGUACUCCCAAGCACGCAAGCAAAUCCACGACUCGAGCUGGUGUACACUGCAGGAUGCAGACAUCUUGGACAAGGUGACAAAGGGAAGUCUUCGCGUCGUCUUCUCCGAGUGUGGUCCUAUGGCUCUGGCAGAACUUGGACGCGCGUGCGUGUCCGUAAACCCCCUCAACCGCCCCACUGCAGCAGAAGUGUUGUACAGGCUUCAGACAAUUUUAUCUGAGGAGCUGGCAUAA